AUGAAGUACUUGGAAAAUAGUAAUCUUCAAUUGAUAGCGGACAAGAUACGGGAGCACUCGAACGAUUGCGAGUUGGAUUUCAAGAUCGAAUCCUACUCCUGUAAAAUGAUCCAAAGCGACAAGCGCUUGUGGAAACGCACGAAUAUCGACGAGCGCCAGCCGCUCUCCCCGCCCGAGGAUUGGAAUAUUUUGCAAGCGCCGAUGCCGAUAGGGCAUUCGCAUCGUAUGCGCCACCUCUCCGAGCACAGCGCAUCUGGCGGGUCUGAUCAUGAUAUGGAAGAGGGCUGCUUGGUGGACUCGAUCUCGAAGAGGACGCUCUUCGACCUCAUCGGGGUCCUCAACACCGCCUACGGGGACUAUGAUUUCAACGACCUCAACAGCAAUUGCUUUUCGCGGAUAGACAAUGCUGAGGGCGUCGUCGCGCCUGUCGACCACAAAUUGGCAGCGGCAGUCGAGCACUACGCGCAGCUGCGCAACGACCUCUGGCAGGCCGUGGCGGAGGAGAUCAAGCCGAUGGAGUGCCGUAUCUACAGCUACAACUCGAACUACGACGGCGACCCGUUCAGCGAGGAAGGAGUCUUCUGGUGCUUCAACUACUUCUUCUACAACAAAAACCUGAAGCGCAUCCUGUUCCUCUCCUGCCGGGCCUACAACCGCAGCGAGCUGAACAUGAGCGCCGAAGAGAUGUGGAACAUGGAGGAUAUGGAU